AGACUGCAGCUCAAGCAACACAUUCCAGUGGCAGAUCCAGACCUGACUCCUACAGCCUCAGCAGACACUCGCUCCCAUAAACACAGAAAGGCACCAUGAACUGCAGACUGGUGGUUGCUGUCUUCACUGUCCUCCUGACUGCGCUGACCAUUACGGAGGGAAUGAGCAUGAGAGGUCUGGGAAUGGAGCUGCGGUGCCGCUGCAUCCAGACUGAGAGCCAGCGCAUCGGCAGGCUCAUCGAAAGCGUGGAGAUCUUCCCUCCCAGCCAGCACUGCAAGGACACUGAGAUCAUUGCAACCCUGAAAGAGACUGGGCAGGAGAUCUGCCUGGACCCCAACGCUCCCUGGGUCAAAAAGACCAUUGAGAGGAUCCUGGCAAACAAAAAACCCUGAUGUGUAGAAGAAUUCUGAACGAGAAGAAAACAAUUUCCUGACUAAUGUUGAACAUGGGAAAACAUUUACCAUCAAAAAACAUUACUUGCUUUGAUGUAUUGACAUUUCAUGUAGUUCAUCCCAUCUUCUUCCUGGCAUUGUAUCGGUGGAAAGUGCUAGAAAUGUAUUAUUGAAUUAAUAAUGUUAGUUCUUAUACAUUAGGUCUGUAGAUGAUCUGUUAAGGUCAUAAUGACUUUUGGCUAUGAUCAGCUAACCCGAUUUUGAGCAUAAAAGCACAAAAUUUAAAAGGAAUGUAACACUUAGCAGGUUAGAGGAACAUUAUAGGGCCUGGUCGUAUAUAUGUAUUAUAUAUCAGAAUGACAGAUAAAUAUCUGUCAAGUUGUUUUGUCAAAUUGACAUAUUUAUAUUUCAGGGUGUUAUGUGGUAAUGUGCCAAACUGACAGAUUUUAAAAAGUGUACAAUUCAAAUAUUUUUAUAUCUGCCAGGGUGUUCUGUGUCAAAUUGACAUCCCAGUUGUUGAGUUUCAUUUUGUAUUCAGAAGAUUGUGCUGAAUUUCAUUUCUUAGAAUGUUUUUUUUUCCUAUGCUUAUUAAUAUAAAUUAAAUUAAUGAGGGCUUUGUACUGUUUUUUAAGUAUCGACUUUGAAAUUGUUCCUACAAAUAAUUGUAAAAUAAAUAAAAUUAGUCACCAGUCUAAUCUC